AUGCUUAAUAAUUAUCCAAAUAUCAAAGCACAAUUUGAAAGUUAUUUGGUACAAUAUGAAAAAUACAAGAAAAUUACUUUUUCAAAUAACAAGGAUUCUAUGAAUAAAGAACUAUUGGAAAUUAACAAGUUGUUUUACAAAACAAUCAAGAAACUUAAUGAAGAAGAGAUACCAAA